AUGUCCGAUUUCGAAGACCACGUCUCUCCGAUCCUCCUCCCACCACGAACAGCAGCCCAGAAACUCCUCACCUGGCGCAGUCUCGUUGGUGCAGAAAUCCUGCAAUCCGCAAGAUCCAGAGUCUUCAUAAACCUCCAAUAUCACUAUCUCGGCCCGGGCUCCAAGCUUCUUCUCGACCAAAAAGCAGCCGCAAUUCUUCGCGAAACAUUCUCACCCUCUACAACCAUAGAGUUCUCCAUCAAGAUCCACCUUCCCAUUCCAGAAGGUCUGAAGACCCAGCAAGGCCUCCCACUUACCGGGCUGGAUGUUCUGGGGAACGUAAGCGAGUCUGCCAGCGAGUGGAGAGCGCGUGUCAAUGAAGCAGCGGAAACGUUUUGGAGGGACUGGUGCUUGGUGAACACCAUGCCGGAUUCCGAUGACCGUAUGGAGGCUAUCGUCGAUGCGGCUGUGGAAGCUUUGUUGUGCGGYGUCGAUUCGAUUGGAGAUUUCUGGAGGCCAACUUUCGGGCCCGUUUUGCCGCCCGUCAUGGACUUUGAGAGGGAAGAAGUGGAGCGUAGGAAGAGGGAAAGGGACUGGCAAGAAGUGAGGGAGAGGAAUCGAAGGAUCGUUGUGGGUGAUGAUUGA